UAGGGAAGUGAUUAUAGCAAACAUUGAAUCUUAACAACCUGGUCACCAUGUUCUAUCCAGCUAUUAUUGUAGGCGUUACAGUUUUGUUAGCCUCUGCAAAUGGGGCAGAGGGGGCUACACUUAACGCUACAUCCAGUUUUAGUGUUUCUACUAUAAAGAAAAGUUUUAUUGGUGCCUGGAUCUACUGUCAAACUGGAGGCAUGAAGCUUGCCAGUGUGAUGUCAAGUACCGAAGAAGCAGCUAUUGAAUCCGCCAUACAAGCCGCAGGAUUGCAAACAGGUGGCUACUGGAUCGGCGGAGUGGCUGAAUCUACCACUUCCGAAUGGUACUGGACAGAUUCCUCGAACAGAGUGAUCUACACGAAUUGGGGUACAAACCAGCCCAGUCUCUACGGAGAACAAUCGGAAGGAGCUUGCAUAAGAGUAGGAAAUUAUAACGGAGUCAAAGAGGUCUACAAGUGGGAGGCCGUACCCUGCCAGUACCAAUUAUAUUUCGUCUGUCGAUAUGACGCUUAAAAUAAUAGAUAAACCGAUGAGAUUCUUUUAAUAAAUGAUUUUUUUUUAUAUUUCCAAUAA